AUGCUAAAUGAUGCUGGAAUACCUGAAAUUGAAACUGAAAAACUUCAAAUCAUAUUGUUUCUCACUGCUGUCGUCUGUCCAAUUGUAUACAUUAUGAUUAACAGAAAGUUUCCAAACUGGAUUGCAACUCGAAGAAAAUUGAUAAUUUGGUGUGCGACUAUAAUAAUUAUUUCGAUUCAAUUAUUGCUAGGAGCAGUUAUUUUAAACAAGUCCGUUAAAGGAUUCGAGGUAAAUCUCCGCCUCUCAAUUUCCCUGAAAUCGAUGUGUUUCGUCAUUGUGUCCGCCUUCUCCAUAAGCCCUCUCAUGAUCCAUGAAAUCUUUUCCGAUGCCAUUUCCCCUCACUGCACCGAACGAGUAAAUCCUUAUGCGGUCAGUAAUAUGGGAUGUUCCCUUAUCCGUUUUUUUACUCUGCUUCCAAUGGUAAUCAUCUGUGCUUUGUUUCAUAAACCAGAAGAUUAUGUUCCUUGCUUCACUGCUCUCCUCCCACUUCUUUCUGUUAAUGUGAUGGCGUAUGCGUUGGAGCAACCUCCGAAAAUUCAUUUGGUUUCUGGAAACGAUAGAACCGACGAAAUAGAAUCACAAUUCUGA